AUGACAACUUCAACAUCCACAGUUUGCUUGCCAGGUGUUUUCCGUGGAGGCGCAGAAUCUCGAUCACAGCUAUCUGCAGUAGAAAGCCUAUCUCAGUCGAUGAUAUCGACCGAGAAUCUCGAUUUGUUGCCGGAGAGAGGUCGGGCAGCAGUCCUAAGUUUGAUCGAAAGCGAUGUCGAUUCUUCUCAGAGCCAUGUUUAUGGCGACUGGCCAGAGGCAGGAACACAAGACGAGGGCAAAAAGCGUCUCUCUGAACAGCUCGCUGAUCUCAAUGCGUCAUACCCUGGUGGACUCACUGACUACCUUUCCAAAGCCAGAACUUUAUUGAAGGAGAGUGCAGAUGGCCUGAAUCCUUUCGAAGAAUACGAAGCGAUUGUUCCCGAAGGCGAAUCGCUUAGCUUUGAUGGCGAAGGAACCAUGUCCUUCGCGGAAGCAGAACAAUUGGGUAUGGAAGCAAUGUCUGGAGCCGUAUUUGUUCUCGUGGCCGGUGGUCUUGGUGAGCGAUUGGGUUAUUCUGGAAUUAAAUUGAGCUUAGAGACAAACUUGUGUACCAAUAGGUGCUAUUUGGAGGUGUACGUUCAAUACAUCAAGGCCAUGCAAUACUUGGCGCGCCAAAAGACUGGUCGUGAUGACAUUCGUAUCCCAUUGGUUAUCAUGACAUCUGGAGAUACCGACCCACUUACUCGACAGCUUUUGAAGGACAACAAUAAUUUUGGUAUGGACGACGAUAUGAUCAGCAUUGUAAUGCAGGAUAAGGUCGCUGCUUUGAAGGAUGGCAAUGCAGGACUUGCAUUGGACGGAGACGACAGAUGGAGUGUCCAAACCAAGCCCCACGGCCAUGGAGAUGUCCAUCAUCUGCUACAUCGCGAAGGCCUGGUAGACAAAUGGGAAAAGGAAGGCCGAUCUCAUGUUGUCUUUUUGCAAGACACAAACGCUUUGGUCAUCAACUCCGUCGUUCCAACUCUUGGUGUUAGCAAGGCAAAGGGGUUCCACAUGAACAGUAUUUGCAUUCCUCGUCUUGCAGGAGAGGCUGCUGGUGCCAUUACUCGUCUUGAACACAAGACCGACCCCUCGAAGAGUUUGGUCAUCAAUGUGGAAUACAACCAGUUGGAUCCUCUUCUACGAUCACAAGGAGAAUGCACAGGAGAUGUGGCAGAUGAGACCGGCUACUCGCCUUUCCCAGGAAACGCAAACAAUAUCAUCAUUGAGAUGGGUGCCUAUGCCAAGACGCUUCGAGGAGAAGAUCAAGGUGUGGUUCUUGAAUUUGUCAACCCGAAGUACAAGGACGAAAGUAGAACGGAUUUCAAGAAGCCAACAAGAUUAGAGUGCAUGAUGCAAGAUAUUCCAAAGCUAUUCCAAAAGGAGAUGAAGGGCACAGCGAACGUUGGAUUCACAACCUUUGAUCGUUGGUUCACUUUUUCCCCAGCCAAGAAUGCCUUGGAAGCUGGAGUGGAGGCCGCCGACAAGGGAAGCAUCGCCCCCGGCACAAUGUCAUCGGCAGAAUCCGACAAGUACAUUCAAAAUCAGCGCAAGUUGAAGUUUGCUGGGGUGGAUUUGGACGUAACCGAACCCGAGGAUCUAGUCAAGGUUGCUGGAAUUCCUGUGACACCUGGUCCAAGAAUUAUUUUGGCCCCAGCGUUUGGAAUUACUCAAGAAGAGAUCCUCAACAAAGUGAAGGGAAACAACAAGAUAAGUAAAUCAUCCUCGCUAGUUCUAGAUGGUCACCACUUGACCAUUAAGAAUCUCAACUUGGAUGGUGCCUUGGUGAUCCGUGCUGGAAGCGAGAGUCAUGUUACUGUCGAUGGCUUGACAGUCAAAAACAAGGGAUGGGAACUAGUUGAGAAUGAUCCAUCUAAGGAGUACGAAGAGACUGUUGCUAUCCGUGGCUACACCAUGGCCAAGCACGAAUCACAGGAAUAUAUCAUCAAUGAACCUGGAAAUUUUGUCAUUGGUCCAGAUGGGGAGGUAAAGAAGGUAGACUAA